AUGGAUACAAGUUUCGUCUUGUUUUUUGGACUACUCAUGGUGCCCCUGAUAUCAGGAGCCUCCACCUUUAAUGCGACUCUUAUAUGCGAACUGGUGGUCAACGGGACAAAGAUGAACGAUCCUCGGGCCUGCAAUGCGUGGGUUGAGUGCGUCAAUGGGAGCCCAGUUGGUGGGACCUGUGGCACUGGACUCUUCUACGACAGGGAGAGCCAGAAGUGCCUGAGUUCCGGCAGUGUGAAGUGCUUGUCCAGUGAUCCCUGCGCCGCCCUGCCCACCGGAUUCGCAGCGGAUCCGUACUCCUGCAAUGGGUAUUACUACUGCAAGGAUGGCAAGGGACAGCACGGCGUCUGUAAUACGGGAAUGAACUUCAAUCCGGGAACCCAGGACUGCAUCCGGGACUUUCCGUGCUCGAAUAAAAUGGAUCCGGAUAGCUACUGCAACAUCCUGCCGGAUGGUAUCUUCGUGAAGGACACGGACAACUGCAAUGGCUACCAGAUGUGCUGGGAUGGCCAGGUGAUAAACGGCACCUGUCCGGGCACCUUCUAUUUCAAGGCUUCCACGGGCCAGUGCGAUUAUCCCCAGGAUGUGGCGUGUGACUUCACAACAGUGCCGAGUAUUACCGAAAAGGGUGUGUGUCCCGAUGCGGGUGGAUUUAUUUCCGAUAACCGAACCUGCAAUGGCUACUACUAUUGCAAAGAAUUGGCAGACGGAGAGUUUUCCCUGGAGCAUGGCGAGUGCUCCGAUGGCAGGUUUUUCUUGGCCACCGAUGGAGGCGCCUGUGUGCCCCGAUCCAAGGUGAAAUGCAACUACGAUCGAUGCGUGGGAUUGGGCAACUCCACCAUUCAGCUGGCCAACGAGUCGGAUGACGGAUGCCGGGGAUUCUCGAUCUGCCAGGAUGGCGUCGUCAUUGGCCAGGGAACGUGUCCGCAGGGGGAGUACUUCGAUGAGCUGACCCAGCGCUGCAUCACCCAGGUGAUAACCUAUACCGCCUGUCAGAUAUCGGAUGGGACCACCACAACCAUCUCGGUCUCGUGA